AUGCUUUCUACAAUAAAGGAUUUGGAUCAUAUUAAAAACCUUGUUCAUACCUUAAAACCAUUUCAAAAGGAAUAUGAAGAUAAUAUUUUAUUUCGAAUAAUUAAAAAAAAAGGAGAUAAAUAUAGGUGUGAAUGGGUUUUAUUACUUAAAACGAUUAGGGAUGAUUUCAUAAUGCAAAAAAAGGGUACCUUCAUUGACGAUAUAAAUGUUAAAAAUGAUCUUGGACAUGCGCUUGAACAGCCAGGCAAUGUACCUCAGCGCAAAUGGGCCAAUGCGAAGGAGGAGAAGGAAGAACAAGUACAGGAAAAAACUUUCGACUGUACUGAUAUGAAAGAUAUUAUUCUGAAAUAUGUUUACUGCAUCACCUACUUUGAUAAUUAUAUUACUAAAUUAAGAAACGAAAUUGGCAUCAUAUACAAUUCAGAUAGUGACAAUUUUUUAAAUCAACGGAUUAAAAUAAAUGACUACUUUACGAAGAAGAACAACAACAAACAAUGCGAUGAGAUUGAACUUGCAAAUUGUCAUAUGGAGGGCGAUGGUAAAUUCAUUCACCAUGGUGAUGAGAAAGUAGGCUUGCUCAACGGCGCAUUUGGCGACAUGGGCAGGGGCGUUGAUAACGGCAUUGAUAGAGGCGUCCGUGGUGGAAAUAUUCUUUGCAGCGAAAACUUAAAAGGCAACAUUUGCAGCAGCGGCGACAAGUUUCGAAGUUGUGACGACUGCGGUGGCGCAUCGACCGCGGGUGUGACCCGAACCAGCUUUGAUAACGCGGGCCUCAAAUUAAGGCAAGAAAUAAUAUGUGCGAAAAAUAGAGCGCCCAAGUGCAACUUGCGCAAAGUGGUAAAUAGGAGUUCUAACGCCAACUCGAACGUCAGCACGUGCAUAAGCGCACGAGAAAACGCGUUCACCAGGGUGAAUUCGAGCAUAAACUCAGGCGUAACUGCCAUCUUAAAUGAUGACAGAAACGCGGACUCGAAUGUUCAUAUGAAUGCUGAGUUGAACACCCACUCAAACUUGGGCUCGAUCACUGAGUCGAUCGUUGAUUGGAUCGCCGAUUCGAUCGCCGACUCGAUCGCUGAUUCGAUCACCGAUUCAAACGUCCAUUCGAUCACCUACGAUAACGCUCAUGUCAGCUUCGAGGAAAAUGUGGAUGUGAAUCCCAACUGUAACUACAACGAGUACACUGCGUGCGCAUCGUCCAAAAUGGAACAUAUGCCGAAAGGGGAAGAUAAGUCCAAAGGACGAGAAGACGAAAUGGAUGUAAAAAAUUGUGAUGAGGAAGAGGAGGAAGAGAAACACUUGAGCUUUUUUAAAAAACUCUUUUACAACAAAUUCAGAUUUGAAAAGAGCAGCAAACCAGAGGAGAAAAGUAAAAGUUCGAAUUCACAUAAUUUGUCUGUGAAGAAGGAAAAUGAUGAUUAUUCAUUGAAAAAGGUAAAAGAUGAAAUUCGCGAUCUGGAGGAACCUACCUCGGUGGUUGUAUAUGGUGAAGGUAGUCACCCAGCGGACAUAAAUCACCACGAUAGGGAUGACUAUCUCGAAAGAGCAGAUAACCAUCAAUGGGGUGAUAAUCCUGAAAAAGAACAAAUCGACCAUAGUAACAGUAGAAGUACCAAUAGCAACGAGAGCGAUGGGGACAAGGACGAAAGGGGUGCACCAGUUAUGAAAUGGAAAUCGAGCGGUGAGAUUUCUGCUACCAAUGUACAGAGCGGCGCAGAAGAAGGCGGAAACAUUUUAAAAAAAAACAACAAAAGAAAUAAUAUACGUGUGAAUGUGGAUAAUUUGAGCAGAGAAUUAGCCAACUUUUUGAGGGAAAAUAAGAUGAACGAAAAAAACAAACGGGACAAAACAGUUAAAAAUAGCAACUCAAAAGAAAGGCAUCAUUACAUACGACACAGUAACAACAAUUCCUGUUUCCAUGAAAAUGUCCACAAGCUAAAUGAAAUAUCAACAGAUGAACUGCUAAACAUUUUUAACAAACUGAAUUGCAGUGCUGUGAAGAACGAUUUUCUUCCACCCCAAAAUGAGCAUCCAGGCAUUCCAUCAUCGACAAGUUUUGAAAGGUUCGUAGAAGACUCUGCAGAGAUGCACAGAAAGUGGGCACAUAGGGACGGCAGUAGGACUGGCAACAGUAUAAAUGCGAACAGCUUUGCUAGUGGAAGUGCCUCUCAUCAUGAUAAAAACAGAAACCCACAAGGUGCUGAGCGAAGCGCCAACUUUGAGGAUGAUGCAAACAUAGAAUUAAUCAAAUUAAUUCUGCAGAAACGAAUGAAAAAUAUCCGAAGUGGGAGAAGACCAGGGAAAAGCUCCAUCGAACGCUGCAACGAUAUGUUAAACAAACACGUGCCUUUGAACAUGCUCAAAAAGGACUGCUUUGGCCAAAGUUAUAAGGAAGAAGAGUCAAAGGGAAAUUCAUGUAUGGACAAUAAUCUUAGGAGUGAUAGAACAAGAAAUGAUAAAAGGUUCCAUUUUUAUAACUACCAUCAUCACCGCGAUAAAUCGAUGGAAGGGACGAAUGGCAGAUUGCGGAACAUAGCAGAAAGAGAGGAGGACACAAUGAAGGAAAGCUCCAUCAACGCAAGCGAUGAUGUGAGUAACAACAGCAGUAGAAGAAUCAGCAGAAAGGUAAUUAACGGUAAAGCUGUCCGCAGCAGCAGUAGCUACGCUCCCGUGAGUCUUAAUGGAGAUGGAGAUGUGAACAAAUCCAAGUACUACUUCCGAAGUAGGAGAAGUAGGGACUAUAAUAAUGAUCAUGCCGAUUAUGUCCAUUCCAACAUGGUAAAGCAAAAAAGGGAGCCAUCAGAAAAUAAAGAUGCAAAAAGGUUAGCAGAUGAUAACUCCCCUUAUGUGAGAAUCGCAACAGAUGUAAUAAAAUGGAUGCUGCAGUAUAAAGAUAAUUGUAGGAUCCAAAAGACAGAUAUGAACGAUAACGCGAAUAAUACAAAUACGAGUAAUGACAGCCAUGAGGGAAAUUACGGCAGUGAUGGCUGCGGAAUUAGUGAUUACAAUGACAUUUUAAACAACGCCAUAGCAGAUGUUGUUAGAAAUUUACCCCCCAGUGAAAUAAACCGCUUAAUAGCGAAUAAGGGGAAUAUUUUGUCCAACACUGUUAAUGCCCCCCAAAGUGGCAAAGACAGUAGGGCACAGAUAAGGAGUCGUAAUGAACCCAGUUCCAGCAGCAUGGAGAAGAACGAAGUUCAAUCUCAUUAUAGCAGUACAUACAAUAACACUAGUAACAACAAUAAUAUAAUUAACCCGUUCAGUAAAGUCAACAACUUAAGUAAUGACGAAGACAAUUCUCAUUCCCUUAGUAAUGGGGACAUGGCACAUAUAAGCUUAAACAAAUUGUGUGAAUUGGCCUUUGAUCAACAUUUUCAAAACUGCUCUACAAAAAAUGACACUGAUGUGAGAAACCCACAUUGUAAUAAUAUCGGGAAUAUAUUGAAUUUGAUAAAAGGCACAAUGAAAAAUAAUACCUAUGGUGACGUGGCAAGUGUCCACAGUGACUCACUGCAGAGCGAAAGCGGCAGUAGUAACAAAAUGAAAGUAGAACAGGAUAUUACGAGGAAAGACUUGUCUUUACCCCCUGCGGCAGCUACAAUUAUUGGAGGUACAGACCACCCAGAUAAUAUUGAUGAUUACCAUCUUAUGAAUGAAACGCUGCCGAAGGAUGCUUCAAAAAGUAGCUUGCUGGAGGACGGCAAGAGGGAAAGAGAUCACCCAAAUUCAAAUGGGGAUAAUGAAAAUAACGCCAGUAAUGCGAGCGAGAAUGUUGUUACCAAUGGGAUGGUCAACAGCGCGAGCAAUAGUGGCAAUAGUAAUAAUAAUGCCCUUGGGGGAGUUCACCCCAAAGCACGCGAAGAAAUAAACACAAAAAAUUCCACCAAUGCCUGUCAUAGUAAUAACGACACCAAUGACAACAGUAGUAAUACACAGGCAGACAAUUUUAAUCAUACGAGCGAUGCUCAUAAGAACAUCAGGCAAGCCUUUAACCUGUCGGAUGAAAAUAUGGACUUAAUUUACAAUUAUUGCAUGCAGGCUUGUAAGAAAAGCAUGGCGCACACAAAGAACGGGUUACAUAAUGAAAACAGUGAUGCAACAAUGGGCGGCGGAGUUGAGCCAGAGGGGCAUGUGAUGGCCAGUAAUAAGGGCCUCGUCCACAAUCUGAGCAACAAUGUGCUAAGUGGCAAGGGCAGCACCGAGUGCGAUAGUAGCAGCCAAAAUAUGAAGGCAUCAAAAGGUGAGAACGAUAACCCGAAGGAAAAUGGCAGCUGCAACAACAGUGGCUACAACGACAGCGCAAUUAACAAUAUUAGCCCUAGUUUUAGUGAUAAUUAUAAUAAUGCAAAAAGCGUCAUGGAUCAAGUGAAUAGCUUUUUUCACAAUUGCCUUUUCAACCUAAAGAAAAUGAACUAUAUGGCUCUGUACGAAAACCCGUCCAGUGUCGAAAAUGAGAACGAUGGCGGUAAGAACAAUAACCGCAGGAGCGAUCCCGCUAAUAAAACUAGCAGCCACGUCAACUGGAGUAGUGGCGGCCCUGUCAACAACGCCGAGUAUGACCAAAUCUUAUGUCACCUAAAGAACAACCUGAAAAUUAGCGACAACACGAAAAGUGUAGACCAACUAUUGAACGAAUGCUUGAAUUCAAAUGAAGAACAGCAUCAACGGUAUCACAAAGGGAAUGGCCUAACGAAACAUAACCCUCUGCAGAAUGUCGAGUCAAGCAAUUUGCUAAAGGCGAUAAGAGGGAAGGAUAUGUUCGAUAGCAAGAGAGUGGUGGCAACCUCUGGGUCAGGUAGGGGGAAGGAUCUAAAACGCGUGAACGGGAUGAACGGCGUGAAUGGCCGGAACUGCAACGAAGACACCGACAAAGUGGAAUCCUUCCAAAAUUUAGACAGCGACUUUAGUGCACUGAUGAACAAGUAUGAAAAUAACGAAAUGCCCAGCAACUAUCAGAAGAGCAUUAAGAAAAUUAUAGAGGAUGUUAGCAACAGGAAAAACUCGAGUUUUCAUUCCUUCCAAGGGGGAGGCAUGGGGAAAAAUUCGAGCGGGGAAUAUGCCGAUGAGCACAUUUUGAGGGCCAUUUUGAUUAACAUGAUAAAGGACCUGUCUAGCGGGAAAGGUGACAGCCCCUUGGCCAGGGAAGCAUCUAUGUCAAAGGGUGCAAGCAGGCGAAGUGGCUGCAGUGGCAACAGGCAUAGUGGAUACACCUCCCGGCAUAAUAAGGGCCACAUGAGACAUGGCAGUCACGGGAGUCGUGAAGAACACAGACGACACAGUAGCGACGGAAGUUACGAAGAACACAUCUUUCACAAUGAUCAUAACAGACACAACCGCCAUAACAGAUAUAGCAGACGCAACAACCAUAGCAGCUGCAGCAGUCAAGUUAGGCAUGACCACAAUGAAAGCAAUAACGAAUGCAGCAGUGUGUUUACCUCCAGUUGUGAUGGCAGAAAAAAAAAUUCAUCUAGCCAAAGAAAAAAAAGAAACGCAAAUCAGAACCAUAAUACAAGUGCUAACGCCACAUGCAGUUAUUUCCCGAACAGUGUGAACAGCAAUAUCAAUUUCCAAAACAACGUAGACGCCUUCAAAAAUAUAUACAAUAAUCUUGUUAUAAAAAAUAAUAUAAGUAACUCGAAUAAUUAUUAUAGUAACUAUUGCCAGAAUAAUAUUAUCAAUAUUAAUAAUUGUGGAGGGAACAAUUAUUUUUAUAAUAACAACAGGGCCAGCAGAAGCGAGAGCAACGCUUUGAAGGACGGUCAUAUAAUGACAGAUGCGAUAAACCUACAGCGUAGUGUAAAGUGUAUGUCAAGCAACAAUAUUGAUUUUAACGCCCCUAGCAAUAUAAUUAGAAGACUACAGAAGAAGAAUGUUAGCGUUUGUCACAUGUCUGAGUUUAAGCACCCACACAAGGACACGUCCUCUGUGUACGAAAAUAACAACAGUUUUGAUGAUGGGAAACCGCGUGGCGGGUGCCCAAUUGGUGAUAGAGCAGUGGAUGUGAGUGCAAACGACCCAAGUGUGAACGACGACAGCUUUAGCUAUGUCCAUGCGAAUGAGGUAAAUGAGGACCCACACAGAAGAGACUCGUUCAGUGGAGACAUGCCACAUGAUGAUGAGCUGAACAUGAACGAGGCCAAUGCAGAUGACACAAACAUGGACGAAACGAAUAUGGACAACCCAGACUACUUCGAUGCAAACCCCUACGAGGAAAAUAUCUACGACGUUAAUAUGCGGUCCACGAACAUCGGUGAUGUCAACCUUGAUGAGGACAAUAUGUAUAGAGGCAAUGUGUACAGUGGGAACUUGCGUGGAGGUGAUCUGUACACUGGCGAAGUGUACGGAGAUAACCUUUGCAGUACGGACAUCUACAGCGGUAACAUUUAUAGGGGAAACAUUUACAGGGGUGGUAACAAUUUGAACCACACCGAUAACAGUGAUGACACCAACUACGACGAUAAUAAUAACAAUACGACAAACGAUCUGCAGGAGGAGGAAGAAAUGCUGAUCGUCCAAGGGGACCCUAUCCACAUGCAGAAGGAGAGAGAAGAGGAGCAGCAGGCUAAGAAAAACAAAACCCUGUUCAACCGUAACGGAAAGCAUUCAAAAUUUGAUCAAUUGAAAAUCGUACAAAUGGACAACUGGAGGAGUAAUCUCAAUGGAAGGAACAUUUAUGACGAUGAUGAUUUUUCUCAGGUGAAUGAAAUGGACGUUUACAAAAAUGGAAGAGUUAGGGAUGAGCAGGGAAACGCCAUAUCGCGUACGAUGAGGCAUCCCACUUUUUAUUACAGCAUUGGGCAUGAUGUCUAUGCUGGUGGAGAUGGCGAUCGUUAUGGUGUGGACGGCGAUCCUUAUGGCCGGAACGGCCACUGGGGAAACACCACAUUUGAGUACCACCUUGACGAUAACUUCCACGAGCCAAGGCCCUGGGAGGACGAGGCAAACCUGAGUAAUGACUUACCAAAAAUGAUCAAGAGGAUGGACUGUUUCGACGAGUUUCAAAUGAUGAAUAGAGAAAAAUAUGCUUUCAUUUUUAACUCAAAUGAGGAAGAUUAUUAUGUGACCGUUCCUAAUGCACCAAGUUAUGAUCACAGUCGUCGAGUGCUGAAUGGUGAAAAUGGUAGGAAGCAUAAAGUGCCAAAUGGCUUAAACGCAGAACUGAAGGAGGAUAAGUAUAUCACUUUAAGGGAUACACUAUGGGAGAAGAAAAGAAACCACAUUUUUAACGAUCCUAUUGGGAGGAAUCUUCACCAGGCGGAUAAGACGAUUUGCACACAGCCUGUGGAUAUAAAAAAUUUAACGCACAAUGAUCUGAAAGAAUUGCUGUUCCAAAAGAUGUGGUACAGGAGCUUCAUGAAGAGGGAGGAACAGGAGGAAAAAGAAAAAAAAGAAGGAGAGGAGCAGCAGGAAGGGGAAGUAGAGGAUGAGAAGCAGGGAGAUGAAGAACAAGAUGGAGAGAACCCCGUGCAACACAAACGUAUGCAACAUGAGGAAGUCAAAUCGGACAGCAGCAACCCCAACGAAACGAAGGAAAAAGAUGAAGAUUCCUUGGAUCAAGAUUUAUACUACGAUGAUAUGAACACAAAUACAAGUGCAAAUGCAGAAGUGACCGGAAGAAGUAACCUGUAUAAUAGUUUCUCAUCGUACAUCUCCCUGAAUAUAAAUUUUUUCUGCCUGUUUGACGAUAUGUACGAUAAUUUUUUUAAGGAAGAUUUUGAGGAUCGAGAAAAAAUGCUGAAAAUUCUCAACCUGAAUAAGAACCUCUGCUACAACCAACUGCUCAUGUUUUAUAAGAAAAAAAUAUUCUUCGAUUGUAAAAAUGAGAAUGAUUCUAACCUGUCUUUGGAUUGCUUACCUAUGUAUGACGGUUCCCAUCGUACCUUAGAACAGGCCAAAGGAAGCAUCAGUAGUGGUAGUAGCAGCAACAGCGGAAGUAACCUCCCCUAUGGAAAAAGCAGUGCAGUGAUGCCCCACUCAAGUGAUCAGAAAGAUAAUGCCAUUCUAGUGGAUCAGAGUAGUUCUACUGAUAUCUCCCACAGUAAGGAUAGUCCUAUCCCGACCACGGUGUACAACGGGAGCGCCCAGAAAAAGGAUGUGGAUAUCCACAUUAAGGGUAACAAGGAGCACAAAGAUGUGAUUCAGAACUGUGCCCGCCAGUACGAUGUGAACAAGGAAGAAUGUGGAGACAUUCCACCUCUUCGAAUUAAGGAAGAAAUGUUUUCCUUCAAGAAGGUAAUAAAUCAGCUGAAAAAUAUCCAAAGCAUCAUUAAUAACAAAUUUCAUCAGAGAGGUAAAACCUACAUGGGCGAAAUAAUGGUUGAGGAUGAUAGUCUCGGUUUAGGGGCAACAACACCCUGUAGAAAAAACAAAGGAGUAGAUAUCGAUGAGAAAAGGGGAAGAAGGGGCAGCACGCAGCCUGAUGAUGUCAUCACCAACGAAAAUGAUUACAAAGGUGUGGUAAAAAGCGAGCUGAAAAGUGCACAUGGAAUUAUGCAGAAAAGUGAAAGGGGGGAACAAUAUUACACCACAGAAGGUAUUCCGAGUGAGACGAACUUGGUUCCUAAAAAAAUAAAUGACCCAACGGAGGAACAUGACAUCAAAAAUGGCAUCCCUUUUAAGGCUGACGAAGAAUGGGAGGCCACUUGGAAAAAUAAAAUAAUCAAACCGAAAGAGGAAAAGGUGAAGAGUGAUACCAAGGAGGAGCCUGAGGAAGGCAAAAAUAAUGUUGACGCAUAUGACGGUUAUGUCAGUGAAAAUUCGAUUAACAGCGACCAUGCGCAUGAGCUCGUAAAGUGUGUGCUAGAGCCUGAAGUGGAAAACAGCUACUUUGCUGACAUAAAUAAUUACGAACAUUGUAGUAGCGACUACGGUGGUAGCAGCGUCCAGAUGAGCACCCCCCCAUCUAUGGGUAACGCAGCUAUCCAAUUCGAAAUAAACAUCGACUCUUCCAUGGAAGAAAACGAUGUCAUGUUUAAAUUUAUAUAUCACAAGAUUAACUGCAUACGGAACAAUAUGUGGACACAAAGCAUUGACGAGUUGCAGAAUAAAGAAAUACAAGAGACGUUACGAAAAUGUCGCAAAAGGGGAGGUAGACCGAGGGACACAACAUGUGACUCCGAAGACACGUACAAUGAUUAUAAAAUGGUGGAGAAGGAAAAGGAGCAGUGCGGAAGGGAGAUCAUUCAAUCAAUGCCUGCAGAGGGGCAGAAGCAGCAGGUAGAAAUGAACAACGACAACACCAACGAUAUAUACUACUUCAACAUUUACACAAAUCUCUGGGAGAACAUAGACCUUAAUGUGAGUAAUAAAUUGUUAGAAUCGCUACAGAUGAAAAAGAAAAGGAUUAAUAAAUAUUAUAAAAAUAAUGCCCAUGAGAGCAGCCAAUUUAUAACCUUCACAGAAUGGAACCUAUACAAUUUAAUCAUUUCGAAAAUUUACAAAAGCUUCGAUGUGAAGAAAUUCGAAGACUACCAACUGAAGGUUUAUAACUUGGGAAAAUUCCAGUACGAGCUCAAAAAAAGAGGCACCUACAAUUUUGGUAUAAAAAUUAUUGGUGAUGCGAAUGGGAGUAGGGAUGAGGUUGCUGGUGGCGCCCGUGCAACUAAAAGUUCCAAAGGCAAAGGGAACAAAACCGAUCAAAAACACAACCAUAAUAAUAAUAGUAAAAGACGAAGUUCGAAAUUUUCUGAUGACUAUUCAGACCGUAACUAUGAUGAUGAUGAUUAUUACAUGGAAGACAGAGACGAUGAGUAUGAUUUUGAGGGACAGGAAGACGAUGUGGAGGAGGACCAGGAGGAAGAAGAGCUAAUGAAUGGCCACGAGGCGGGACAGAAGAAGCAAAACUAUAAAGAAUUAGAGGAGGAAAAGGACGACUCGAAAGAUUUUGUAUUUAUCAAUGCGGGCGCAGUAAGCUUGAGAGACACUAAGGAUUCUAAAACGGCUAGCAAUGUAACCAAACAGAAUGGAGAAAAAAAUGUCCCAAUGGUAAACAAAAAUUUGCGAAGCAGCAAUGGAAACAUUCACAACAGUGGUAGUAGAACCUUCUGCAAAAAGAAGAGCAAAAAAGGAAAUAGAUUGUGCGUUAGCAACAAGGAUUAUCAAAUGUAUAAUAAUAGUGCCGACCAGAAGGGCGCAAAAGAAGUGAGGGAAGAUAAAAUUACCAUAGUUACCAAGGAAGAAGUCAUGUGGAAUAAAAAAAUGAAAAAUGCCUUUUCCACGAGGGAAGAAAAAAAAAAACUGGACGAUGGAGAAAAUAGCAACAGGAGAAGCACAGCCAUGUCUUUGAGAACGAAGAAGAGAAACAGCGUAUUGAGCGGAAAUUCAACAGAAAGCAGUUUGAUUAAGGCCAAUAAGAGGAAAAACAAAAAAUUGAAAAUUAGCACAAAGGUAGAUAAGUACGCUGAGAAGGUCAUGGAUCUGGGCGCCACGCUUGUUAGAGGUGGUCGAAUUAAUAACUGCAAUGCCAGCAAAGGAAGUAACAAUGGAUAUUCCCGAAACAGGAAAGUACAAGUAUUCAAAAAGAGGGUAAGUUGUAGAAGGAACUUCAACGCCUUGGUAGAUAAGAAGCCGAAUGUAUACUACCUGAUACAGCUCCCAGAUUAUGCAAGCCACAAGGAAUUGAUAAAAAGCAAGAAUGACUGCCUGCCGACGUAUAUACUCCAGUAUGAACAUUUAAAGAAAAACGAAUGCAUCUUCUUUAACAUACAAAACCAUUACAACAGCUUUAUUAACAACGUGUACCAUUUUGCUAUUAGCUAUGAUCAAUCUUUGAAGCACAAUGAGUACUUGAAUAACACACUGAAUAAUGUGAAGGCCAGGUUACACAUUAAGAGGUUGUGCCUUAAAAAGAAUGUCACUCUGAAGGAUGAUUUAUUCGAUGUAUGCAACACCUAUUUUAACGACAUGUACACGUACGACUCGGUGAACAACACUUAUGUUUUGGGUAAGAACAAGGAGAUGAGAAUGAAGAAACUAAAGGAAGCAAUAAAUAAUCAGGACUAUUACAGCAUGUAUGUGAAUGAUUACAUUGAGAAUCAGUUGCUGAACAAGCGCAAGAGGACCAAAAAGAAGGGCGCCACGAAUGUGUUGUGCGAUGGGGAUGCCUCAGCGGUGAAAAAGUUGUCGCUUUUGCGCAACAAGGCAGAAGGCGGUGCAGCGGGUAGUGCUUACCCAGAGGGAAGCGCUUAUGUUGGGACAAGCGACUAUGCCGAGCGGCACAAUGCCGAACAGGCGGGCGCGUAUGAAGAGGUUAUUGCAUAUGACGUGGCUAAACAAUAUGAACUGGUUAACCCGUAUGGAAAGUCAUUCCAGGACGAGAUUAAAAUGGACAAGCAAAGGAAAAUCGCUCGAAAUGACAAAAUAGAGGGAGGACGAAGUAAGCACGAAGAUAGCAUGUACGUGGCGCGUAAUACAUACCAUAUGCCGAAUGUACAGGGGAAUGAUAAGAACGGUGGCGAUGGGAGGAAUGGCAACGAAGGAAACGUAGACUGCAUGGGCGAAAAUUAUGUUAACAACGAAAAAUUCAUAAACCGCGCACAUCCUGUACCACGGAUGGACGGUGGGAGCAGGGGCCACGUCCAUGGAACACCAGAACUGGGCCGCAGCGAGCUCGAACUGUGCAACGGGUUGAAGUAUCUGAACUACGCUGUUGACAACGUGGAAGAUGAUCAUGACUGCAACAAUGACACAUGCAAAAAUGUGAUGUCUUUUAGCGAAAGAACGAUAGAAGAGGAAUUAGGGGACAUGGACCACGAACCGGAGCAGGAGAACCAACACGAGCAGGACGCCCACUUGGGGGGAACAAACACCUUUAAGCAAAAACAAAACAGGGGCUUUCCACCCGAGGAAUUAAGCACAUAUGCCAAUCAUUUUGAAGACGAAAAUGAUAAAACCCAUUUGAAUAAAACGAACGUACAUUUCUUUAACUAUUACGAGCAGAAUAAUAACAAUAAGAAUAAUAAUAAGGAAAUUAAUAAAAAUAAAAAUGAUGACAAUAAUAAUGACAGUGACAGUGAGAAUAGGGGCGGGAGUUUUUUCCAGGAAGCAGAAAAUGGAAAAAAUAAAAAUUACAGCGCGAAUAGCAAAGAGUUAUAUUUUAAUGGCAGCGUAAACCACGAUGACAUAAUCCAGUAUAUUGAUAUACAGUAG